GCCAUUAGGGCCCGUUUGGCCGGCCGGCCUCGCUUUCGCUGCCGCCGCCUCGGGCCGGUGCGCUUCCCGCGGGGGCAGAGGCCGGCGGCCUGCUAGAGACCGAGCACCGCCGGGCCUACCUCAGCGGCUUCCUUCGACCCCGGCUGCGUGUGGGGCUACAACCGGGUUGCCAGGAGAGGUGCGGCGGGGCGCGGGCCGAGGCCUGCCCGCCCGCCCGCCAUUAUGCGCCACAGUCUGGCUCAGCUGCUGGCGGCCUCCUCGUCGGACAAGGGCCGCCCCCGGGAACCCGCCGCGGCCUGCUCGUUUCCGCGUGAGGGGACGCCCGCCGGGAGCGGCAGUCCGGGCGAGGAGGGCGGCGAGGCCGAGCCGCACCAUGAGGAAGCCGCGGCGGCGGGUUUGUUGGACGAGCCGGACGGCGACGAGCUGCUUUUCCCGGCGGGGCUGGAGCUGGAGGACUGGCUGGAGGCGGCGGUGGCCGAGACGCGGACGGAUUGGGAGAUGAUCGCCGGAGGCGACGGGGAUGGGGGCUUGAGCCCCACCCUGGCGUCGGAGCCGCAGGCGGCCUCGAGGCCGGACCGCCCGGGCAGCUACCGCCUGAAGGCGGCGGCGGCGGCGCGCCUGAACCGCCAGAAGAAGAAGCAGUACGUGCUGGGGCUGGAGAGCCGCCUGCAAGGCUUGUCCGCGGAGAACCGGCAGCUGCGCGACCGCAACCGAGGGCUGUGCCGCCGCCUGCGCGACCUGGAGCGCGAGACCAGCUACCUGCGGGCCGUGCUGGCCAACCAGAGCGCCCUGGGGCGCCUCCUGAGCCACCUGGCCGGGGACGGGGCCGGCCGCGUGGGGCUGAGGAUCAGCAGCAGCCUGUUCGAGGAUCGGGCGGCGCCGCCGCCGCUGGAGGGCCCGUUGCCCCGCGAGAGGAGCAGCAGCAGCGGCAGCAGCGGCAGCAGCGGCAGCAGCAGCGACCACGAUUACGCGCUCCCGGUCCCGGUGCAGCAAGAGGACAAGUGGGCGGUUUCUCCGAGCCCCGGCGGCAUUUGCCUCCACGUCGACCGGGACCGGGUCUCGGUGGAGUUCUGCUCCGUGUGCGCCCGGCGAGCGGCGAGUUCUGCUUUCGCAGGCGCCUCCGCCGCUGCUCCCUCCUUCGCCGCUAAAAUUUUCUCUUUUAGGUGCUUGCCCUGCCAGGCUCCGUUGUGUAGGGGUUAAAAGAAAAGUCGUUUUCCACCUCGCAACCUGUGGAUUCAGCUGUCAUGGGGCAGAAGAUACGGGACCAGCUGCUGGCCACACUUCCUGCUUUAUUUUAAAAGGUAGUAUGAGAAAAAGGGGAAAGGUAACAGGGCAUUUGCUGUAUUUCACUUUAAAACAGCAAUACAGAUUAAUGUGAAUGUUUUGAGUCACUAAUCCAACCUAUCAAGAAAGUUAAUAUAGUACUAAUGUGAAAAGUGGCAACGUAAAAAAGCAGUUUCUUUCUCAGUGUAGUUAUUUUCUCCUUCAAUUGGCUAAUCCUUUGUACAUUAACUCAACAUUGCUAAGACUAUCUGCCUGAUCCUAAUUAGGAAUUUUUGUGGUUAGUUUAGGAUUGCAGCCAAAGGGAGAUUUUAAUCUGCCUUUUUCAUUUAUAUGGUUGCUCACAUUCUUCUCUUAUAUCUGUUGUAGAAUGCCACAUGCUCUUAUCUGCACUUUCAGUUGCUGGUAAGGCAACUUGCAUAUCUCCUUUAGAAAAGGUUGUUCCCCUACCCAUUGCUAGUUCAUAUCUUGGUAAAGGCCCAUCCUGUUUGCUUUCUAAAAAGUCUGCUCUGUAGUUACACUGACACUUGACAGAAUAUGAAUAUUCUAGUUUUAUUCAAUAUUCUGUAUGUUUUAAUGGGAGUAAUUCAUUUUGUACAGCCCUUCUAGUAAUUCCUUUGACUUUCCAGAAUUUAGUUUCUUUGCUGGAGUCUCCUCCUACUUAGGGUACUAGUGGCUCUUUCCAAUUGACAGGCCAUUACUUGCUAACACAUGCUUUACUUGGUAUAUUUUCUGAAGCAUUUUUACGGUUGCUUUUCACAUUGGACAUUUUGUUAAUGUAGCGUUACUGUGAAAGUGGAAUUUCUCCUCCCCUUUUCAUUUUGUAUGGUUAAAAACAGUUUGUUGGAUUUAAAACAUUCUGGGUACUUAAAUUAACUCGUGUCAUUGCCCUUUGAAGAGCAAGCUGCUGCAUCUGAAUGCAGAUGAAGCAGUUGCUAAUCCACAGCAUGGCAAGUGACACACAGGUUUAGCUAAAAGCCCAGAAAUAGGACUGCAGGGAUUUUAGUGCCUACUGAAGCAUGUUAAAGCCAAAUAGAAUUGCAAACUUUUUUCUUUAUUGCUUGCUAAUCAGUUGGUGGACUAUUGUUAAAUAUUUUUUGAAAUGGAAGCCUUGAACUGAAUAAUCCUAACAGAGCUUGAAAAAUUUGUGAAUGCUUCUGUGUAACUAGUUCUGUCAUACUUAUGAGAACACAGUGUCCUAAUAAAAAAGAGAUGUGUUUAUCUUCCA